AUUCUUAUAUACUAUGCUAGUAUUUUCUGCUUCUUUUAAUGUUUGUUACUUAGUAUAUAAACACUAGGAAGUGAAACUGAGUUUUAGGGUUGUCAUAUUUUCUUGGAAAAGAGAGAUGGAGAGAGGAACAGUAAGACUAAGGGCGAUGGUGGUGAUGGUGAUAGUGAUUGUGGUUUCUGGGAUGGGAGUAAUAGAAGGGCAGUCCCCAACCCCUUUCAUGGAUUGCUACGUCGGAUGCUUCAUUUUGUGCAACAUCAUACCUUCUCACACUGCUUAUGGAUGUGCUCUCCAGUGCCUCAAGGACUGUGUCGUCCCCACGACGACUCAAAGUAUCCAUGGUGAUAAGGUUAACCACCAGUUUUGCAAGCUUGGUUGUGCUUCUUCGUUGUGCUCCAACAUCAGUACUAAACAAAACCCUGGUGGAGAGAAAGUGGAAAGCUGUGUGAAUUCCUGCUCAGAAGGGUGCACCAAGAACUAUUUAUUGCCUUGAAAGAAUUAUUGUUGUUGUUUAGAAAUAUAGUAUUUGUACUAAAGCAAUCUAUUUCAAAAUAGAAUUUCACACUACUUAUCACAAUUUUGAGGAGCUCAAAUGUCGAAUUUAUGCCCUGUUUAUUUCAACUGAAA